UUAUAUUUCAGAGUCACAAGUUUAAUCAUGGACCCUAGUACCAGUGCCCAGGACGUGAUGCGAUGUGACCUGUGUGAGACCGCUGUGGUACAGAUGCACUGUGAUACAUGUCUUGUCAACCUGUGUAAGGCCUGUGUGGGAGAACACAUAUCUGCUGAUCUGUCAAAACCUCAUAAAAUUGUUGAUUUCAAGGACAGAAAAACAAUUCCUAUCUACCCUGGAUGUACAUUCAUGAUCAAGAACGCUGUAAAAUGUACUGUAAGCAAUAAUCAAAUUAAUUUAAAUGAGGUACUUUAUCCAACCUACCAGGACAUUGCCUCUGAUGUACAAAACAGAAUGAGUCAGUUAGAAAAGGAAUUUGGAGAUCUCUCAACAGCCAUAACAAAACAUGGAGAGGCCUGGCACAGAGAAAUUGACAAACUUGUCCAGAAAUUUAAAGCUGAAGUUGAAGAGAUGAAAAACACACAACUACAAACUCUACAGAAACAACUUGAAGAAAUCAACAAGACAAUGUCUGACAUCAAAGAUGAAAUUGAUUCAAUUGAUCUUGCUGAGGAUUCUAAUAACAUUUCAAAACUGUUGAGUAUUACAACCAAUGUACUAGAUAGAUAUAGAAAUCUUCCACAAAAAAUUCUACCGUCUUUGUCUAAAUUCAACCCAGGCACAAUUAAUGGAGCAGAACUUAGUAAACUGUUUGGCACCUUAUCAUCAAGUUCUCUUACUUUAGAUAAACAUGGCUACAGCAUAAAGACAACACAGAAAUCACCAGAGGCUGGAUCCCCUUCUCCAGUCAAACAGCUGCUUGAUGAUCCAGAGACUGUCGCCACCAUAAACAAUGAGUAUAUACGACUUUACAAUGUGGCUUGUCUGAGUGAUGAAGAAAUCUGGACAAAGAACAGGAACCUGGAUAUCUGUGUGUCUGUUUGUGGAGCUAAUGCUGUAGUGGUUGUCAAUCAGGCCGGAAAACUGAGAUUUAGGUACACUGGACAUACUCCUGCUCCAAAGAACCAAUCAUUUAGUCCACGAGGAAUCACCACAGACAGUCAUAGUCACAUCCUCACAGCUGAUAUUAACAAUGAAUGUGUCCACAUCAUAGACCAGGAUGGACAGUUCCUCCGUUACAUAGACUGUGGACUGAGUGUACCCUGGGGACUGUGUACAGAUAUAAAUGACAAUCUGUUUGUUGCUCAAUUAGAAAACAAAGUAAAGAAAAUCAAAUAUCUCCAGUGA